GUACACUUUUCUUCUUCAGUAAUUAGCUAGGCUUCCAGCAAAGCCAUGCUUCAGCAUCUUCGAGAAGAACCCAUCACGACCAGAGCUCAUCUGUUGUAAAAUUACUGUUUAUUUUCAGAGAUGGGCGAAAUCAGUGAAGCGUCCUUACUGGAUUACAUCUGUUCCUGUGGAGGAAAAGUCAAAAAUUCAGAUCUGUCCAAAACAUAUAAGCAUUUUAUAAACCAUAGCGAUUUGCAGCUACGUGCCAAAUACAGAGAAGAUUUCAAGCUCAUCAUUGAUAGAAUUGCUGUGGUGAAAUCUGAGAAUGGAGAGAAAUAUCUCAUCCUGAAGAAGAAAUAUAGACAACUAAUACAAGAGCGAGAGCCUUGCGCUGGGGAAUCAAUCAAGCAGGUUCAUCCGAACCCACAAAAUGAGCUCCGGAUCUCUAAUCCAGAGCAGAACCAUAACCCAACAGCCCAGAAACAGCCAGCACUGGUGGCCUGGUGCUCAGGACCCAUGAUUACAGUCUCAGAGGCAUCAGAACCGACCCAGACAGAUCAUCAGUCAGACAGCACCCUCUCACCACCAGCAGAGGCAGAGAAACCAGAACAUCUGACGGAGGAGCUUUCAGCAUCAGACAGAGAAGAUGAACUCGACAAGGAUUCGGGGUCAAAGAGUGAAUCUGAGCAGGAUGAGGAUUGCGGGAGCAGUUUGGGAUCCACCGCUGUGGCUCUGGAUCCUCUUGAGAAAGAGUGGAUCUUCUCGGCAGCAAGUGGCAAACUGUCUCAUCUCAUUCAGCUCCUGAAACAAGACUCUUCUCUGGCCAAUAAAAAGGACUUUACCUCAUUUACAGCGCUACACUGGGCUGCGAAACACGGUAAAGAAGAUAUGACCACAGUGUUGGCGGAAGCAGGAGCCGACAUCAAUACGAAGGCACAUGGAUACACACCUUUACACAUUGCAGCACUGCACGGACAUCGACAUAUAUUUGACCUGCUGGUUAGGACGUAUGGAGCUAAGGAGAACCUGCGGGACUACAGCGGUCGCCUAGCACAUCAUUACCUCCAUUUACGGGAUACACGAUUAGAAGACCAUGAGCUUUCUGAAGUCAGCGAGUGCCACAGUCUAACCCAGGCCGGAGAGCGCAGGAACAGGAAGAUCUCGUCAUUAUUUCACUCCAUGAAGAAGUGGGGAUCGGCGGAGGAGCUCGCGGCCGUCCCGGAGGAGAGGACCGUUGCUCAUCAGCUCAUGCUGCCUGCGUUUAGGCCCAGAAAGUUCUCACGGUAGACUGUGCGACGUCCAAACAUCUUCGGUCUCGCUUUAGUGCCAAUCGGAUGGUUUACAGAUGAAAACGCACUUGUUUUCUUUGCUGCUUUUUUUUCUCCACACAAAUAGUAUGAUGAAGUUUCACUCACAUUUUAAGUAGCCAUUCGGCCACAGCAGAAUGUGACAUGUUGUGAUGUAAUGUCUUAUGUUCUCUGCUCUACUACCUGUUCAAUUAAGAGGUUAAAGGGACACUCCACUUUUUUUUGGAAAUAGGCUCAUUUUACAACUCCCUCGGAG